AUGUCUUUACAGAAUGCUUCAAUCAAAGUAACAGAAUUUAUUAUAGCUGGUUUUGACAAAACUGAAAAGCCUUUUGUGGUUGGUGUGGUUAUAUUAAUUACCUAUGUUCUUGCUAUAUUAGCCAAUAUGAUGAACAUCCUCUUCAUCAUAUAUGACAAGCGAUUACACAAACCAAUGUAUCUUCUGAUUUGCAACCUUGCUGUUGUUGAUAUACUGUACACCUCCAGUGCCAGUCCAACAAUGAUUGGGGUUCUAGUUGCUGGUGUUAAAACCAUAUCCUAUGUGCCAUGCUUCAUUGAAAUGUUUGCUUUCCACUUGGGAGGGGUAAUGGAGAUGUUUGCUUUAUCGCUUAUGGCAUUUGAUCGAUUGAUUGCUAUUAAUAGUAACAAAAGGAAAAUGGGCAGCACUUGUUUGAGUCACUUUAUUGUGGUAACAUGUUAUUAUGGUCCAUUAUUUAUCCGCAUUGUCUUGACAAGGAUGGGUGUGGACAAAAGAAAUUAG